AAGACUUAGUACUAGAAAGAGCAUAUUAAUGGCACAGACUCUCAUCAUUCUGUUCUGCUCCAGUUUAACAAUCUCCCUCCUAGCCAUCUCAUCUGCAUCACUAGAUACCUUAACUCCAAACCAAACCAUUGCAGAUGGUGCCAAAACCACCCUCAUUUCAGCUGCUGGAGCUUUCGAGAUGGGAUUUUUCAGCCCCGGAAGCUCCAGCACUCGAUACUUAGGCAUCUGGUACAACAACAUAGCCAAUGGAACAGUAGCUUGGGUUGCUAACAGGAAUACCCCACUUUCUGAUACUUCAGGGGUCUUAAGAUUUGACCAUAAUGGAGGACUUAUACUUACUGACGGUGGAAGUAACGUGGUUUGGUCAGCAAAGUCUUCGAAAGCCUCAGCAGAUCUUGUUGUGCAGUUAUUAGAUACUGGAAACUUGGUUAUUAGGCCUGUUAAUGACAGUUACCCUGAUAACUACCUCUGGCAAAGUUUCGACUAUCCGGGAGAUUGUAUUCUCCCGGGAAUGAAAUUUGGUUUGGAUUUGACAAACGGUGUGAACAGGCAGCUCACAUCCUGGAAAAGCCUGGAUGAUCCGUCGACAGGGGUGUAUAGAAGUGGUGUUAAUGGUAAAGGGUAUCCGGAGAUUUUUUUGUGGAAUGGUUCGGAUACUAUGUUCAGGCUUGGGCCAUGGAAUGGGAUUCCGUUUGGAGGGAGGUCUUCGUUGCUGCAGAAUGCUAUUUUCACGUAUAAUUUUGUGUUGGAUGAGGCCGGAGCAUAUUACAUGUUUCAGCUUCUUAAUGCUUCUACUGCAAUGAGGUUGAUGCUGAAUUCGGAGGGAGAUUUGCAGUUUCUGACCUGGCAUGACCCGAAAAAAGGCUGGGAAAUUACUGUUAAUUUGCCAACAGAUAAGUGUGAUGAUUUUUCUGUCUGUGGGGCAAAUGGUAACUGCAACAUGACCAAAUCCAAGUUAGGCCAAGAGAUGUGUGAUUGUUUCGAAGGAUUUAGUCCAAGCAAUCUGGAAAAUAAUGAAAUUAAGGGUCUGUUUAGUGGAUGUGUUCGGAAAAGAAUGUUGACUUGUGGGAAUCAAGAUGUAUUCAGUAGGUAUCCAGGUCUGAAAUUGCCAGACACGCAGAAUUCAUGGAUAGAUCCGAGGUUGAACCUGGAUGAGUGUAAGGCCAAAUGCUUGAAUAACUGUUCUUGCACUGCUUACGCGAAUAUGGAUAUCAAAGAAGGAGGUAGUGGAUGCGUUUUAUGGUUUGGGGACCUGUUUGAUACAAGAGAGUUCCUUGCAAGUAGUCAAGUUCUUUAUUUAAGGACUGCAGGCGAAGGCUCAGGGAUAAUCAGUAGAUCAAAAGGAAAAGCACCAGUGGCUAUCAUAGUCAUCGUUGUCUUAGUAGUCGUAACAGUAGUGCUUAGCCUAUUUCUGCUAGUGGUAUACAAGAAGAAAAAGCUGAGGAGAAAAGGAAACAUGACCUUAAGCAGCUUACACGGUGAUGCAGCAGACCAAAGUCAGAGGGAAGAUUUUGAACUCCCGUUAUUUGAAUUUGCGAGGAUUGCUAAAGCUACCAAUAACUUCUCUAACAACAACAAGCUUGGAGAGGGCGGAUUUGGACCUGUUUACAUGGGGAUACUGGAAGAAGGACAAGAAAUUGCUGUGAAGAGGCUGUCGAAGACUUCAAAACAAGGGCUUGAUGAGUUCAAAAAUGAAGUUCUGUGCAUAGCAAAACUUCAACACCGAAACCUUGUGAGACUUCUGGGAUGCAGCAUUGAGGAAGGGGAGAUGCUAUUGAUCUAUGAAUUCAUGCCUAACAAAAGUCUAGAUUUUUUUAUUUUCGAUAAAGUACAGAGCAAGUUACUGGAUUGGCCAAAGCGCUACAACAUUAUAAAUGGUGUCGCUAAGGGUCUUCUCUAUCUCCACCGCGACUCUAGACUAAGAAUCAUUCACAGAGAUCUCAAAGCUGGCAACAUUUUACUUGAUCAUGAUAUGAAUCCAAAAGUCUCAGACUUUGGCACAGCUAAAAGUUUCUGGGGAAGCCAAAGUGAAGCAAGCACGACAAGAGUAGUUGGGACAUUUGGUUACAUGUCUCCUGAGUACGCACUGGAUGGCAUAUUCUCUUUUAAGUCGGAUGUAUAUAGCUUCGGGGUACUAGUACUAGAAAUUAUCAGUGGAAAGAGAAUGAAAGGUUUCUAUCAACCAGAUCCCAACCUUAAUCUUCUUGGCCAAGCUUGGAGGCUUUACAAUGAACAAAAAUUUCUGGAGCUAGUUGAUAAGGCAAUCCUGCAGUCAUGCAAUUACUUUGAAGUAUGUCGCGCUAUCCAAAUUGCUUUAUUGUGUGUUCAGCCAUAUCCGGAGGACAGACCAGAAAUGGAGCUUGUGAAUCUUAUGCUGAGUAGUGCAAUUGAAAUGCCUCGUCCUAACCAGCCUGGUUUUUUUACUGCAAAGAAGCUUCAAGAUUCAAAUUCUUCAUCGUCUUUAAUUCUUGACAAUUCGGAUGUCUUUUACUCCAGUGAUAUAUGAUCUUGGUACAAAAUUAGGUAUGAAACAGAGUACAUAACACCAUAGUAUUCGAACAAUUUUUAUACAGGAUCAAGUUGCAUGAUUGAUAGGGUACAUAUGUUGAUUCGAAACAACCUGAGUCCUAUUUUCUUUCUGGAAAGUUGCCCUUGUAGAUAGUUUAACACAGUGCUGUUCUGCAUUUUCUGGGAAGGAAACUUACAACUGUUUAUAUCAUACUUCUGCAUUCCCUAACCUUCGUCUUUCUCUUAAAAAAUAUAGAAGCUUAACGUAUGUAAUCAUUCAAACAUGGCUUUGAAUUUUUACCUAGGACUAAAUAUACUACUUGAUGAAGAAAUUUCAGAUAUCAGGCUGGAUUCUGAAACUAAUUGAUUCCUGACUAAUUGAUUCCUGUCAUUGAAGAAGGUGGGCUGUUUUGGCCGAGCCAGUUCAUUAUGACUGCUCAGCAUCAAUAGCACCAUGGACAUGCUUGGCCUGUCUUCUGGAUAUGGUUGCACACACAACAACCCAACUUGAAUAACCCGGAACAGUUCUGAUUGAUUAUAUGAGUCCAUUGCUGCCUGAUCAAGCAGUUCCAAACAUUUUCCUUCUUGAUAGAGUGUCCAUGCCUAAAAGUAGAUAUUGUGGUGUUAUGAUUGACAGUUUCUAAAGGCAGAAUAUUGUACAUUUGAUUAAAACUGGUACUUACAUGUCUGAGAAGAUUAAGGUCAGGGUCUAAAUCAAAGAAUCCACCCAUUUUUAUGCCACUUACUAUUUCUAGUACUAAUACACCGAAACUGUAAACAUCAGAUUUAUCUGAAAAUUUCCCAUCAAGUGCAUACUCUGGAGACAUGUAGCCGCUGCAGGGAACCCAAUGAAAAAUGUUAGCUAAUCUAUGACAGUAGAAGCGGAGAGAGUCAAUGUUUGGUUGAGGAAUUUACUAUGUGCCAACCACUUUUGUUGUUUUAGAUUCACUUUCACUUCCCCAGAAAAUCCUAGCUAAUCCGAAGUCUGAUAUUCUUGGAUUCAUCUCAGAGUCAAUUAAAACAUUGCUGGCUUUCAUGUCUCUGUGAAUGACUUUCAGUCUAGAAUCCUGGUGGAGAUAGAGAAGCCCUCUAGCUAUACCGUUUAUGAUGUUGUAGCGUUUUGGCCAAUCCAGUGAUCGUCUUCUUUCGCUCUC